GUCUGGCUCUUCCAAAACAAAAGCAUCUGCGCAGUUGGGGCAUAUCUCGCCGCUACCUGAAAGCUCCGGUGCAAAAAUCUCAAUGGGGAAGAAGAGGCAGAAGAUAGUGCUCCCACCGGAGCUUCCCCCGGAAGUUCCAGACGAUGAAGUCGAAAUUUCGGACGAUGAUAUCAAUUUCGUUCGCCAAAAUCGAGAAUAUGCCACUCUGCUGAAGAACCUGGACACGAAAUCCAUCAACAAGCAUGUUACUCGCGUUGCUGAUCUGAAAGAGGAUGCAGUUGAAGAUUUAUAUGAAAAGAGACCAAGAAAAAGACCACGCGAGGAAGAAAAGGAAGGAAAAACUAUUGAAGUUGAUCCUGUGGAUGCACUUCCCGUGAAGACUUUAGAUGGGGAUCUUUAUUACAGAACAUUCCCAAUGGAUCUAAAAAAUGAAGAAAGCGAACACGAUAGUGAAGCUACAGCUGAUGGUGAAAAUGCUGAUGGAAAUAUGGUGAAAUUGAGCAAGGCUGAGAAGCGUGCAAAGUUUAAGAAAAUGAAAAAAGAGGCAAAGAAACAACUAAAGGAAGGAGUUAAUCUGGAGCAACUGCAUACACCUCAAGCUGAAGUGCUGGAUGAGGUUAGAAAAGAUUUGACACUUGAAGAAGACAAUGAGAGAAAGAAGUAUAAACUAGCAGAGCUAGGUACAGCUUUGCUCAUGGAUCCAGAAGCAAACAUCAAAUCUCUCAAGGAGAUAAUUCAGAUUUGUAAUCAUGGAGAUCACGAGAUACUCAUACUUGGACUCAAAUCUUUGUUUGCUAUUUUCAGAGACAUUAUUCCUGGCUUCCGCAUCAGAUUGCCAACGGAAAAAGAGCAGGAAAUGAAACUGUCAAAAGCUGUAAAGAAAUUGCGGUUUUAUGAAUCAACCCUCUUGUCUUCAUAUAAGGCAUAUGUGCAGAAGUUGAUAGCACUAGAAAAGAACAACGCCUGCAGGCGUGUGGCUAUGCGCUGUAUCUGUAUGCUGCUGGAGGCAGUUCCUCACUUCAAUUUUAGGGAUAGUUUGGUAGCUGCAGUUGUAAGAAACAUCAGCUCUCAGGAUGACAUUGUAAGGAAACUUUGCUGUGGAGCUGUGAAGUCACUUUUUACAAAUGAGGGGAAACAUGGUGGUGAUGCUACCGUAGAGACUGUUCAAAAGAUCGAAAACCUUGUUAAGGAUAACGAUUGCCAGUUGCAUCCUGAUUCUAUAGAGGUAUUAUUGUCCUUAUAUUUUGACGAAGAUCUUGGAAAGCCUGAAACUUCAGAAGCAGAUAAUAAGAUGAACAAAAAAUCUAGGACAAAGAAUUUUAAGGAGCUGAAUCAUGCCACAGAGAAUGAAAAAAAUAAAAACAAAAAAGAGAUGAUGUCGAAGACAAGGGAGGAGAUCAAUGCAGAACUGAAGGCUGCAUCAUUUGCCAAAGACAUGGAGGAGAAGAAAAGGAUACAAUCUGAUAAACUUAAUGCUGUAUUCCUGAUAUUUUUUCGUGUCCUGAAGCAUGCUUCCAUGCAUUCUAGGUCUGAAGCAAGUUCCUCUGCUGCAUCAUGCAGUCGUCCUCUUCUUGAACCUUGUUUGAAAGGAAUUGGAAAAUAUUCUCAUUUGCUUGACGUGUCUUUUAUGUUCGAUCUUCUGAAGCAUCUAAGAGAGCUUGCUGGAGGAGGGGAAAACUUGAAUGCAUCUUCUGAAUGUCAUUCAACCAAUUUGACAGUAACUGAAAGGCUGCAAUGUUGCAUUGUUGCUUUUAAAAUCAGGAGGAAGAAUCUAGAUGCAUUGAACGUUGAUUUUCAAGAAUUCUUUGUCCAUCUCUACAAUCUCAUACUCGAGUAUAGGCCUGGAAGGGAUGAGGGGGAGGUGUUAGCAGAAGCACUAAAGAUAUUGUUAUGUGAUGAAAGGCAUCAUGAUAUGCAGAGGGCCGCUGCUUUUAUAAAACGUCUAGCUACAUUCUCCUUGUGUUUUGGUUCUGCAGAGUCCAUGGCUGCCCUGGUUGCCUUAAAGCAUUUGCUCCAGAAGAAUGUUCCAUGCCGAAACUUGCUAGAAAAUGAUGCUGGUGGUGGCUCUGUUUCAGGUGCCAUUGCGAGGUACCACCCUUAUGCUACAGACCCAAACCUGAGUGGGGCACUUGCAUCAGUUCUUUGGGAGCUGAACCUCUUGUCGAAACAUUACCAUCCCUCUGUAUCCACAAUGGCAUCUGGCAUCUCAACUAUGAAUGCUGCCAACAAUCAGAUCCUUCAUUCCAAAGCUUCUCCCCAGCAGGCAUUCAUAGAAUCAUCACUGGUCAAGGAAUCAUUCAUGCCAAAAUGCGACGGUAAGAUGCCAAGAAUCAAGAGGAAACAAGGAAAAAAAUCUGCCAAGUCUGUUGGCACGAGGUUAAUAAACCUUGAUGCGGCGAAUCUGAUGGAUGAGAAUGCGAUCAAGAAGAAGCUAUCUCAGCAUUUUCUUCUGACCCGUGACAUGACCGAAAACAAAAGACUAAGGUCUGAAUUAGGACGCACAACGUCAUCUCUGGAGCUUUAUGAACAAUUCAGGAAGCAUAAGAGAAGCAAAUCCUAGUUUAAAAGGUUGUUCUUUUUUAAAGGAUUUGGUAUUUUUAAUCUCCCUUUUUUGACAUGUGCUCUUACUGGAAGGAUUUGCUCAUUGUUUUAAUAUGAAGAAACAGUAGUAGUUUUUCUUUAGACAAAUUUUGUUUGAUUGGAGUCAAUAAUUUGGUGGUAAUGUAUUUCAAGCUAAAGAGUACUCUUCAUUUCUCUAUUGAUAAGAUAAGUUUACAUAUAGUUAACCCUGGAAGUAGAGAGAUGUAUAUUCAUAGUUGCACUUCAUUAAAUUUUAAAGUUUUUA